UAAAAGGACAACAGAUUAUCAGAGGACAGGUGUAAAGGAGCGAUAUAAGGAAUACAUGCAGUGCAGGUACUGGAACCUGGGCUAUCCUGUUAUCCAGCAAGAUGAGUGGAAGAUGAGUCACUGAGAAAAGGUAUCGGAAGAGAAAAAAAAGAGAGAGAAAACGUGAGAACGCGAAAGAGAAACACAACGUUGUCCCACUCCUUAGCAAUCCAAUCUCCCUCCAGCCCCGUGGGACAAUACUGAGUUGGUUGGAAGGGCCAGCCUGCAGAUUCGGUGAUUGGAAGGAUGGACAAAGUGUAUUCAGGGGAGUCAUGCCUAUUCGCCGGUAGAUACCGUGCCCCCAUCACGAUUCCAUCUUUUGGGAUAUUAUUUGGACUACGUUGGAGCUGACUGUAUCCAGGAGUCAUGCAACAGAACUGUGUGACUUAUUUCAUGUGAAAUGUCCUCUUUUAGAUGUAGAUAUUGUAUGAAGGAGAUUUGAGCCAUGCUUUAAGUUGGCACUUGCUCCCAUGUUUAAUGUGCUGACAUCAAUUAUACUUUUAAUGUGACUAUAUAGAACGGAUCUAUAAGGAAAUCAGGACUCUAAGUGGACUAUUAUCAUAAAUUAAUGAAGUUCUUUGGACUAUGAGAAUCCGGUCACCCUGAAGACUUAUUUUAUGAUGCUGAAGUUCAGGAUACAGUUCUCUCUAUCUGUAGUCUGAGCAAAGUACAGACCGUCUGGCUUUGGUUACAUCUCUCAGGAAGUCAGAUAGCCAGAGCAACACACACGCACACCUGAGAAAGGACUAGUCCUUUGGAGUGCUGCAGAAGGGGGAUGACAGGACAAGCAGCACUGCAGUGUGACAGUUAUCUCCAAUCAUCUCCAUGAUCACUCAAACCAACAAACUACAGCUGUCUCCCCAGAUCUGCUUGGUGAUGGCACUCCAGCUCAACAAAUCCGAUAAUACAGGUCUCCCAUUGUCAUAGAGAAUAAGCUAAUAGUCAACAGACAAAUUGCAUUGAGAUAGAUAGAAUAGAAUAGAAUUACUCUCUGACAGUGGAUUUCACACAUUAAACGGCCUGCAGAGACUGUGGAUGUCGGGGGGAAGAACAAUACGCCACAGGAGACAUGGUGAGCAAAGAGACUAAUCACUUGGUCACUGGCCAACACACCAACAGCAAGACCGCCGACAACCUGCCUGGCGCCAUGACUGUGCGCUCCGUGCUGCUCAACCGCGACUCGCCGGAUAUCGAGAGCCGCCUCAAGCGCCGCCGCAACCGCACCCACCAGGUCCGCUUCAAAGACCUGGAGGAUGGACUAGGCGGCGGAACCACUGGAGCCAAGAGCUACCAGAGGACUGCCGCUGAGCGUGACAGCCCCCACCCCUUCCGAAAGAACAGCCCCACAAGCCCCAUGGCCCCCCAGGGAUGGCUAACAGAGGCCUCGGUGGUGGGGGCAGUCCGAGGGGACAUGGCAGACACCAUUGAGGUGGUGGCAGCGUUUUUGGCUCGGGCGCCCCCUCACCCGCUCACCCCAGGGCCGGUGCGCCGCUGCUGGGCACCACCACCAUCACCCCCGCGGCCGUGCUCCCUCACGCUGCCCCUCUCCCGGAGGCAGUGCACUAGCAUGGCCAUCCAGACCUCCCCCCGCCUCCAGAAGCCCAAGCCCUCUGUGCUCUCAAAAGUCUGCAGCGUGGGGGACUCGGUGGGGGUGUAUGGGGACAACAAACAGGACAACGAACAUGAUGAGUACUACACUACCCACAACUACCUUUCAGAGCCUGCAUCCAGAGAUGGAAAUGGCCCUGGGUCUAAGGCUAAACAGGGAUUGGUGGACCAAACCCAGUGCCUCAGGACUACUGAGGCUAACGCUAACUCCCCUGCUGUUGGGAAUCACAUGGACUCUUCCUGGCAUAACUCUUCUUGUUCUUCCCCUCCUAAACACCAGGGGAGUGCAACUCCGUCCCAAGUGAGGAGGAGAAGGCGGCGCAUAAACCGUGCUAUCAGUGACCCAGGGAGGGAGGUGUCCUACUGUACCACCCCGAUGCAAACGGACAGUCCCUGUGUCUCCCCCCCUAACACCCCACCUCCCUCGACAGUACAGCCCUGCACCUCCCCACCUCCCUCUACUGUGGGACCAUCUACCUCCUCACCUCCCUCAACUGUGGGAUCCUCCACCUCCCCACCUCCCUCUACUGUGGGACCAUCCACCUCCUCUCCUCCCUCAACUGUGGGAUCCUCCACCUCCCCACCUCCCUCGACUGUGGGAUCCUCCACCUCCCCACCUCCCUCGACUGUGGGAUCCUCCACCUCCCCACCUCCCUCGACUGUGGGAUCCUCCACCUCCCCACCUCCCUCGACUGUGGGAUCCUCCACCUCCCCACCUCCCUCGACUAAAAUCAGUGCUUCCUCCGACUGUGCUUCCAUCUAA